GGUACACGUGUAUGUACCACUAAUCCAUCAUCGCCUGGAAAAUAUUUCUCAUCCCUGUUUCGGUUGUAGUUAAGGCAGAGCAGAGGGUUAUUCUCUCUGUUGGGCUUACUCAAAAUUUCCCUAUUGUUUCGACUAUCUUUAAAUUAAAUAUUUCUAUACAAAUUGUAUAUUCCAGUGCAAGUAAAUACACCAUAUCUCCCCUUUGCAUGGGUGUUUGUGUGAGGGUGCGCGCGUGAGUGAGCGAGUGGGAAGUACAUUGACUGUAACUAAACAAAGAUAUUGUACUUUACAACAGUGUUUAAAGUGCGCCGUUCGCAACCUCUCUCUUUCCUGCCCUUUCUUACAACAACUCUGGGUGACGUAGUGGUGGUGCUGCUGCUGCUCUACUUUCACACUCUGUGCCGCGGAGUACGUACGCUCCAAAAGCAGCGCUGAGAGAGAGAGCGCCACAGCAGUCGGAGCGAAUUAGAGAGAGAGUAGCGUCAUUAGAAGAGAGAGCGACUGCUUCAUGGGUUAGACGCGACUGCUUCGAUUGUUCGCUCGACCGUUUGUGGCCACUUUUGUUUGGGUUUUGCUUUGGCAGUUGCUGUUGCUGCCGCUUCAGCUGUUGAAGGUGUCUGUCUGCUCGCAGUGCUGUUGGCCCCACUCCACUCCGCUCCGCCUCUAAAUUAAUUCCCGUUCUUCCGCAAAAAUAAAACAAAAAGAAAGAGAAAAUGAGCUGGCAAUUGCACAAGCUCCAAAACUAAGCAGUAGAAACAUCAGCCACGACAACGAGACAGCAAAAACCGCAGCAGCAGCUGUAGCAUAAGCAGUAGAAGCAACAGCAGCAGCCCCAGAGAGGAACAGAAGCAUUGAAGACAACAAUUUGCCACGACGAUGCCGCCGCACAAGUGGACGGACGAGACGCGGGACGCCUCCUGCUACUACGGGGACGGUGAUGAUGCUGCCAACAGGCGGCACCACUCCUCCUCCUCCCUCGACGACGACGACGACGAUGAUGAUGCGGAUGACGAGCAGGAGGCGUUCUGCGCUGGCGACAGGCCGCUCAUUAGGGGCGGCAGCAGUGGCGUUGGCGGGACGGCCGCAGCGGGAGUUGAGGGAAGUGACGGCUGCGGCCUGAAGACACGCCACAUUUUCGGCCUGAUGGGAUUCCUGGGCUUCGCCGUGGUCUAUGCCAUGCGGGUAAACCUGUCGGUGGCCAUUGUGGCCAUGGUCAACCAAACGGCCAUUCCGCACAGCAACGGGUCCGUGGUGGACGAUGACACCUGCCCCAUGCCGGAGCCGGGGCGCAACGACAGCGGCCACCGGAUGCCCGAGGGCGAGUUCGUCUGGGACGAGGCCACCCAAGGCCUGGUGCUGGGGAGCUUCUUCUACGGCUACGUGCUCACCCAGAUUCCGGGCGGCCGCAUGGCCGAACUAAUUGGCGGAAAACUGAUCUACGGCUACGGAGUGCUGGUCACGGCCAUCUUCACGCUCCUCACGCCUCUGGCUGCGCGCUGGGACCUUCCGCUGCUCAUCCUGGUGCGUAUACUCGAAGGCAUGGGCGAGGGCGUCACAUAUCCGGCCAUGCACGCGAUGCUGGCCCACUGGAUACCGCCGUUGGAGCGCAACAAGUUCGCAGCAAUCGUUUAUGCUGGCUCCAACAUCGGCACUGUGAUCUCCAUGCCCCUGGCUGGAUGGCUCUGCUCGCUGGACUUCCUCGGCGGCUGGCCCUCGGCGUUCUACAUCUUUGGACUGCUGGGCAUCCUGUGGUUCGGCUGCUGGAUGUACCUGGUGUACGACAGGCCCAGCAUGCAUCCGCGCAUCUCCCUCAAGGAGCGGGAGUACAUCGAGAGGAGUCUUCGCACUCAGUCCCUGAUCAGCCAGGAUGACGAGGAGGAAGAGGAGGAGGGCGAAGAGAAUGGAGAAGGCGUUCGGCUGCGACAUGGGGAGGAUGACAACAUACCCUGGCGCUCGCUGUUCACUUCGGUGCCGCUGUGGGCCAUCCUGCUGACGCAGUGCGGCCAGGGCUGGGCCUUUUACACGCAACUGACGGAAUUGCCCACCUAUAUGAGCAACAUCCUGCACUUUGACAUCCAGUCGAAUGCCCUGCUCAACGCCGUGCCCUACCUCACGGCCUGGUUUGUGGGUAUCGCCUGCUCUGCCCUGGCCGACUGGAUGCUGGCCAGGCGCUACAUUUCGCUGCUCAACUCCUACAAGCUGUGGAACACGGUGGCCUCCGUGGUGCCGUCAUUGGGCCUGAUCGGCAUCAUUUACGUGGGCUGCGACUGGGUAUGGGUCACCUUCAUGCUGGCGGGCGUUGGCUCCUUCGGCGGCGCCGUCUACGCCGGCAACCAGAUGAACCACAUUGCUUUGAGUCCACGCUAUGCGGGUACCAUGUACGGCAUCACGAAUUCGGCGGCCAACAUCUGCGGCUUCUUGGCUCCCUACGUAAUCGGGUUGAUCAUCAACCACCGCGAGACCCUCACCCAGUGGCACAUUGUCUUCUGGCUGGCAGCGGGUCUGAAUAUCGGCGGCAACUUUAUCUACCUAAUCUUUGCCAGUGCCGAGGAGCAAAGCUGGUCGCGAGCUGAUCGUCGUAGCAAUUCGGGCACGGGCUCGAGGGCACCCCUGCGCACCUAGCGAGAAUUUCGGCGCCAGGGAGAGCGCCAUGUACCUAAAGAAAGCAUCGCUAUACAGUUAGAGAAUAAGCAUGUGUGAUAAUUGCAAUCCUAGGCAGAAGAUAUUGAUAUAUAUAUAUAUACAUAUAUGUGUGUGUAGUUAUAGGACAGUAUUCACGUAGCUUCCAGAAGAAACCGAAAACUCUAGUGCUACCAGGAGGAGGGAGCAUCGGGAGCAACCUCCUUCAUCUCCUUCUUGAUGUUAACUGUUUUAGUAGAUACGUAUAUACAUUUAUUGUAUUCGGUGUAUCGUUUUAUAUGGACUUUGUUUUGCUAGGCGUCUUUUUUUGUAUACAUAUGUAACGAGUAUCAUAUACAUACAUAUAUACUAAUGAUAUCUACGAUAUAUACAAUCCGGACGGACAAUGAUAAGUUGGGUUCUCAGCCUCGGGUUUAGCCUGGGACACAUACUAAAUGUACGAGUAUACAUUUUAUGGCUUUAGAAUGAAAUUGUACACAUCCUAUACACAACAUACAUACCAAGUAUAGAACUAGUUCGAAAUAAGAAUAGACGUUGUAUACACAGUACAUGCAUACAUAAAUCAUCAUUAUGAUAGAUAUGCCUAGUACCUAAGUCUGUGACGAAUAGAUAAAUGGAUGUUGCUGUCAGAAUAAACUGCACAAACAUAUCGAAAA